UCAUAAACAGAUUUCGUUCGGAAGUGGGAAGUUAUGAUUUUAAAGACAGUCAUUUUUUUGACAUUUUUGGGUGUUCUGGUGAACACCAGAAGCCUUCAAGGAGACCAAAACUGGUGGAAACACGCGAGAUUCUACCAGAUCUACCCUAGGUCCUUCAAGGAUUCGAACAACGAUGGUGAUGGUGAUCUUCCUGGCAUCCUGGAGAAGCUUCCCCACCUUGUGGAUCUUGGUGCCAAUGGCGUUUGGUUAUCCCCUAUCAUGGAAUCUCCACAGGUGGAUCAAGGGUACGAUAUCAGCAACUACAUGAAGAUAGACCCAAGAUUUGGCACACUUGACGAUCUCAAAUUAUUGAUAGAGAAAGCACACGAGCAAGGAAUAAAAGUUAUAAUGGAUUUCGUGCCUAACCACACCAGCGAUCAACACGAAUGGUUCAAGGCUUCAGAAAACAGGACAGAAGGAUACGAAGAUUACUACGUUUGGGUGGAUGGUACGCCUGACAAACUACCGAAUAACUGGUUAAGCUCCUUCUCUGGAACUGCUUGGGAGUGGUCUGAAAAACGUCAACAGUAUUAUCUUCAUCAAUUUACCAUUCAACAACCUGAUCUCAAUUACAGAAAUCCUAAAGUCCACGAGGAGAUGAAGAAAGUCCUAAAGUUCUACAUGGAUCUUGGAGUGGACGGUUUCAGAAUUGAUGCCAUUUUAUGUGCCUAUGAAGACGAUAGAUUCCUCGAUGAACCUAGGUCCUACGAGCCUGAUGUUGAUCCAGAAAAUCAUGACUUUCUCGAUCAUAUUUACACUGAAAAUCAACCAGAGACUUAUGAACUUGUAUAUGAAUGGAGAAAAUUCGUCGAUGAUUACGUAGCUGAGAAUGGAGGAGAUUCCAAGGUUUUGAUGACAGAGGUCUAUGCUGAUCUCGACAAAACAAUUCCUUACUAUGGCUCAGCUGAUGGAAGUACCUUGGGAGCACAUUUCACCUUCAACUUCUUCAUGAUCCAAAAGUUCAAUCUCAACAUCUCAGAUGCGAAUGACCUGCAAAGAAUAAUAAACAAUUGGAUGGAUGCACUGCCAAGUAUUUACACAUCGAACUGGGUAAUAGGAAACCAUGACAACCGACGUUACCCAACCCGUUUGGGCAACGAAAACAAAGACGGUUUCAACAUGUUGGUCAGCCUCCUUCCUGGAGUCGCCAUAACAUACAACGGCGAGGAGUUUGGACAGGAAGAUGGCGAAGUUAAAUACGAAGAAGGUCAAGACCCUUCAGCAAGGGAUCCUGCAAUCUUCGAGAAGACCAGUAGAGACUUUGAACGCACCCCGUUACAGUGGGACAACACCACCAAUGCAGGUUUCAAUGAUGGCGCCAAAACCUGGCUGCCUGUCAGCGAGAAAUACCACCAAUUGAACCUGCAAAGCCAACUGGACGAGGGCCAGAUCAGUCACUACCAAAUCUACAAGGCUUUGAACAGAAAGAGGCAAGAAGACACUGCAAGACUUGGAAGUACCAACGUUUGGGCGUUAUCGAAUGAUUCCAUCGUUUUGAGGAGAUCGUACGAGGGUAAACAUAUUGCCCUUGCUUUCAAGUUGGGUUGGCAUGGUAACAACCAACCGGAAACUCUUCUGGUUCCUGGAGUUUCGUGUCAAAAUGGCACUGUAGCUGUUAGUAGUGUUGGAUCUCAGUACGAGAAAGGGCAAAUAGUAUCAGUGCAGAGUUUGGUUCUGCAACCCCACGAAGCAGUUGUCAUCGAUAUCACCUGCUGACUGAAAUCAAUGUGAUAAGUUUUUGUAUUCUCCUUUAUGGGAGUAGAUAAUGUUAUUUAGAUAAAUAGGAAUUGUGAUCAUUUUAUUUUGUUUUAAUAAAUAUGAAAUUCCAUAAGGA